AGCUUUGUGAUCUGUUUUCUUGUGCUUGAUAUAAAAGCGGCGUCGGCCCGAGCAGGAGGUACAGUCAAAUAAUAUACCUUCAAACAAUCAACAACAACUAUUCAACACAGACCUCUCUUCCCUUUGGAAACAAUCUUUAAAAAUGUUCAGAUUGGUGGUGUUGUCUGCUGUUCUUGCCGUUGCCGCUGCUGCCCCAAGUGCGACCUUGGUGGCUUCGGCUCCUUUGGCAUACACGUCUGUGGUUCAUCAGCCAGCCCUCGUUGCUCAGAAGGAAAUUGCUUACCAGAAAAGCAUUAUUGAGGAGCCAACCGUCGCUCACGUAGGAACCGUUGUUAAGAACGUCCCAACUGGAGUGUCCCACCACAGCUCGUCGGUCGUCCAUCACGAUGCCAAGAUCUCCGAGCCAGUGUUCGCCCCAGCUGUCCAGAAGACCGUUGUUGCCACUCCAGUCGAGAAGACCACUUACCACCAGACCUACGCUGCUGCUCCAGCCAUCACCUACGCCGCCGCUCCAGUUGUGGCCAAGACCCAGUACGUUGAGGCUGCCCCAGCUCUGACCUAUGCUGCUGCUCCGGCUCUGACCUAUGCUGCCGCCCCGGCUCUGACCUAUGCUGCCGCCCCGGCUCUGAAGGCUCACUACGUCGAAGCUGCUCCAGCUCUGACUUAUGCCAGCUACCAGCCAGCUUUGACCUACGCCCAUGCCCCAGCCGUCUAUGCCAAAUACUAAAUGAAUGAGAACUUAGGAUGUUGAAGGAUGAUUGUCGAAUUAUUUUUCUUUUGUUCACGCUUUGGUUGUUUCCAGUGAAAGAUGAGAAAAGUAAUGCUUGAGCGGGAGAAUAAAUUGUUCGGUAGUGAAAUUUUGUAAA